AUGGGGUCGCAAAGAGUCAGACACGACUGAGUGAACUGACUGACUGACUGACUGACUGAGUGUUUCUAAGGAGUAAAAUAGGGAAGUAAGUAAAGAUGCACUAGUGAAUGUAACAUAGCCUGAAAUUCAUUAGGGCAAGGAUCCUAUGUUUUCAUCAUCGUAUUCCUAACACCUGUUUUUGUGCCUACCACCAUGUGUAUGUGCUAAGUCACUUCAGUCAUGUCUGACUCUGUGACCCUGUGGACUACAGCCCAUCAGGCUCCUCUGUCCUUUGGAUUCUCCAGGCAAGAAUACUGGAACGGAUUGCCAUUCUCUUCUCCAGGGAAUCUUCCCAACCCAGGAAUCGAACCCUCCAUCUUCUGAGGCUCCUGUAUUACAGGCAGAUGCUUUAUUGCUGAGCCGCUGGGAAAGCUGAGUAGAUGACAAUAACUAUUACUUAAAUUAAUAGACGAUCUGCUGAAUAUAGAAUUGGGAGAAGGAGGAGGGAUCUAGAGAAAGGAAACAAGGAGAAGGGAUUUAAAGGUGAUUUCAUACAUGAAGAAAUGUAAAUGAUUGAUCAAGUCUUUUGAGAUCAAUACUUGUUCAGUCCCUGAGUUGUAUCUGACUCUUUGUGACUGGACUGCAAUACGCCAGGCUGUCAAUCUUUUACUUGUAUUGCUCUAUCAAACCAUGGGUUUAAAAUAAUUAUUUAGUUUUCUGCUGUCAUCCUGAGUGGUAGCUGCUGAAAUGAGCAAGUUCACAAAACCCGGGAACGCGAUGCUGGCCCUGGCCAGUCACUACGAAGGACACAAAGUGGUCAUCAUGAAGAACAUUGGUGACAGCAGCUCAGACACACCCCACAGACAUGCUCUGCUGGCUGGAACUCAUCGCUCUCCCUGCAAAGUGACAGCUGCCUCGGCCAAGAAGAAAAUCGCCAAGAGGUCAAAGAUCAAGUCUUUCGUGAAAGUUUAUCAUUAUAAUCACCUCAGGCCCACAACGUACUCUGUGGGUAUCCCCUUGGACGAAACUGUUGGCAACAAGGAUAUCUUCAGAGACCCUGCUAUCAAAUGCAAAGCCUGAUGAGAGGCCAAGGUCAAGUUCAAGGCUAGAUA